UACGUGUUAGGCCAUCUAACCACGGUCUAAUCCCUCUCCAAAUAUCCUUUAUAAACCCUUCCAAACUCUACACAAUCUCUCAAUUAACCGUUAGCCGCUAAUUAACUCCACUAAUUGCACCAUAAAUAUAUCGACGAUGGCGGUGUCGAAGAGCAUUAAGUUGUUGCUGGGAUUGGGCCUUAUGGUGGGCUUUGUAUUGGACCGGGCGUCGGCCCAAUCGGGAUGCACGUCGGUGAUCAUCAGCAUGGCGCCGUGCCUGGGAUACAUCACCGGCAACGCCUCCACGCCCUCAUCCUCCUGCUGCUCGCAGCUCUCCUCGGUGCUGCAGUCGCGGCCGGAGUGCCUCUGCUCGAUGCUCAAUGGCGGCGCAGCCUCUUUGGGGAUUACCGUCAACCAGACCCGCGCCCUUGCCAUUCCCGCCGCCUGCAACGUCCAAACUCCACCGGUUUCCGCCUGCGACGCGGUGAACGGCGGCGCACCUUCAGCAGCACCGGCAAGUUCACCAUCGGCCGAGACGGAAAGCCCCUCACCGGCGAAUCCUUCCUCCGGCGCCACUACCACUCCAUCCAUCUCCAGCGCAGAGGGUGGAUCGAAGACGACGCCGGCGACUGGUGCCACUGCGGCGACCUCCGGCGGUGGUUCUUCCGACGGGUUCAUCAACAAUUUGCUGAUUUCUUCUUCUGCAGCAGUUGGGUUCAUGUUCUUGUUCGCCACCUUCUGAUUGAAUCCACAGCUAGAGAGUUUAAUAGAUGUAGUGAGGGACUUGGAGUGUUCUGAAAUAAUAUUUGCGUGGGUUUGUAUUUCGGCAUUUUGUAUUCGAUUUGAUUAUCUGGUAUUUGUGUUGAUUUUAUGAAAUGAUCUCA